CACAAUGAAAAUAGCAUGAAUUUUGAACUUUUUUUUACAAAUAAACUCGUCAUGUGUACAUUUAAAAUUUUGUUGGGUUACAUACUUUAUAUAAUUUAAUUAUAUAUAUUAAUUUACAAAUGCCUGUGUUCUUCUCACUGAUGCAUAUUUUUAGUUUUGGCAAGUCGGUAAGUAAGAUUCGUUGUGCUUCUUUCCGAAGUGAUGGUAAAAGCUAUGUCAGACAGGAAACCACAGCAAUCACAUGAGACCUGCCUUUUAGAGAGACCGACAGAGGCUACCGUACACUAGAGGAACAGAGCAUUCGAAGAGAGAAAUGAGAGGCUUGUACUGUUAUGUUCUUUGGAUAUUUUCCUUCACAAUACAGGUUGGAGCCGAUGAGCGAUGUUAUUUGGUUCCAGAAAAAUGUAUCCAAAAUAAGGAGCGAGAUGUUCCAUCGUGUAUUGAAAAAGGAAUGAAAAAUUGCUCAUCCUCAGCGCCUAGGCUACCAGAUAAAAGAUAUUUCUCUACACUAAUUAUGUCAGAGGAAACAGUCAAUACAGAAAGAGGUUAUAUAAUCCACAUCUCCGAUGAAGCGUUACAGAAAAGCAGUAAUGGAGAAGGGAACGCGGAUUUGAUUGUGUCUCUUAUCAAUAAGACUUUCUUCAGGGUCGACAGCAGUUCAGUCACCAAGGGGAAUAACCAAAGUGAAUCGGCUCCGAUGUUGCACGGGCAAAAUGUUUUAGGAGUUUGGCUCGGUAAAAGUGAAGUUCAGAACCUUUCUAAGCCUGUUCACCUCAGAUUCAUAAACACCAAUCAGAGUGAAAGCGGUAUCUGCGUGUACUGGUAUCUUGACAAAAAUGGCAAAGGUAACUGGAGGACAGACGGCUGUAAAACCACCGUCGACAAUGGAGACUUUGUAUGCAGUUGUAAUCAUCUGAGCUUUUUUGCAGUGCUCAUUAAUCCUGAAAUCCCUGAAGCGUCCCAUAUUGUCUCUCUCAACUACAUUUCGUACAUCGGCUCUUCCCUUUCAAUAGCGUUUACAGCGCUGAUGAUAAUUAUUUUUUUGUGCCAGAGGAAGAAGCAAUGCGAGCAUUCAAUCAUCAUCCAUGUGCAGCUCUCGGGCUCGCUUUUCUUGUUGCACGUCUCUUUCUUGAGCAGCGCGUGGUUUUCAGGCCGUAAAGACACUGAUUCAUUGUGUCAAGCUCUGGGACUUCUCCUACACUGGUGUCUUUUAGCCACCUUCACUUGGACAGCCAUCGAGGGCUUCCACCUGUACCUGCUGCUGGUGCGGGUCUUCAACAUCUACAUCAAGAAAUACCUGCUUAAACUGAGUCUCGUGGGAUGGGGUGUGCCCACCAUUACAGUAAUAAUAUGCUGCGCGACUAAAGUGUACGGCAAAUAUACCUUUUACACGAGUGACGAAAACUCAACAAUCACACCUCUAUGCUGGAUAACCACACAGAUCGUGAGCUACAUCACCGUUAACGGUUACCUGGGGCUGGUGAUGCUCUUUAACAUCGUUAUGCUGGGGGUGGUGCUGGUUAAGAUGCACAGGCUGAGGGCACAAUCUCUUCAGGCUAAAGACCAUCAGAGGAAGGUUUGGAAAGAGUGGGUGUCCCUCCUCGGGCUCAGCUGCGUUCUAGGAGUACCCUGGGCAAUGGCUUUCUCCACCCACGGCCCCUUGAGCCUCCCUGCGCUCUACGUUUUCACCAUUCUCAACAGUUUACAGGGUCUCUUUAUUUUCUUGUGGUUUCUGACUCUCACGUGUCAAGCACAGAAAGAGAAGCACAGCUCCUCAAAAGGCACCAUUCAGGUCAGCUUCAACAGCAAUGACGACAUUGUUAAUGCGAGAUAGCCCACAGCUGAUCGGUCACAUGACACCAAAUCUUCAUUCCAGUUAUUUCGUCUUAUUAUUUUACUCACUUAGAGCUUUGUAAUUUUCUAACUGUGGUCUGCAGAGACCCAGGGGACUGCACAGGGGCGCUAGAGGGCAUCUGCAUUCAGUGUUAUGGAAAUAUUUAUUUCUAAAUGUGAUUAUGUGACAUUUUUAUCGCCUCUAUCAGCUUCCUGCUGGCUGUUGAGACACUGCUCUGUAUAAAGCAUGUUAAUAAAAAUGCUACAAAAUAAAUCCUAAACAAAA